AUGGACUAUUUUUACUUUAGGUGGUUAAAUACUUUAUUCCGUACUGGAAAUAAAAGAUGCCUUGAAAAAAGCGAUUUAUAUAAUUUAUAUGAAGAAGAUAAAGCUGAAGCUUCUGUUAAUAAAUUCGAAAAGGAAUGGGCAAAGGAAAGCAAGAAAGCUAGUAAAAUCUAUACUCCUAGUUUACAGCUAGCCAUCGUUAAAGCUUUUGGCUUUAGCUUUAUGCUAUUAGGCAUUCCAUGCUUCUUAGAAGAAUCGAUAAAAAUAGCUCAGCCUCUCUUAAUUGGACAAAUUGUCAACUAUUUUACCACCGAUACAACUGUUACUACUACGGAAGUUUAUUUUUAUGCGCUUGGUUUAAGUCUAUCGGUCUUUUUAACCACCGUUCUUGAUCAAAUCUACUACUAUGCCGUCGAGCGAUUCGGUAUGAGAAUUAGAGUAACCCUUUGCUCAGUCAUCUUUAAGAAGGUUCUAAAACUAUCGACGGUGGUCAUGUCUAAUGUUUCAACGGGGCAUAUAUUAAAUUUAAUGGCCAAUGAUGCACAACGAUUCGAUGAAAUUCCUACAACACUCCAUUACAUCUGGAUUGGCCCUAUACAAGUCAUCGUUUUGACAAUUUUAUUAUGGCGAGAAAUUGGUAUAGCAUGUCUUUCAGGCCUAGCGGUUAUUCUCUUGCUGCUACCUGUUCAGAUUCUCAUGGCUAAAUUUGCUGUUCGAUUUAGACGAUACUAUCUGGAAAAUGCCGAUGCUAGAAUACGGGUUAUGAGUGAAAUAAUCUCAGGGAUGAAAGCAAUCAAGAUGUAUGCAUGGGAAGAAUCUUUUUCAGAAUCGAUCGAGAGCUCUCGAAAGUUUGAGCUUUCUGGGGCUAAAAAUGCCGCUUACAUGGCGACCGUCAAUACCGGGCUCUUUCUAAUCUCAUCGACGCUUAUUGCUUUUACCACUUUUAUGACACAAGUACUUCUUGGCAAGCGUUUAUUGCCUUCCAUGGUGUUUACCGUAUUUUCAUUGCUAACGGCACUGCAAUUGCCCAUAUUAUAUGGUAUCCCCAAAUCACUACAGAGCCUUUUUGAAGCUAGAAUUUCAUUAAAGACAGUCGAGGCUUUCCUCAAUUUAAAAGACUCAGUUAAUAAGGCCAUUAAGCAUGACGAAACGGUAGAAGAUAGUGAAGAUUCUUUCGUUACAAUUGAUCAUGUUAGUGCAGCCUGGGAUGGCGAUCCACUCUUUGAAGAUCUCUCUUUAUCCAUUGAAUCCAAUAAGUUAUACGCCAUAGUAGGCCCAGUAGGGUGUGGAAAGACCUCAUUGCUGAUGACUUUGUUAGGGGAAAUGACAAUCUUGCGAGGAUCUAUAAAUAUGAGAGGAAAGGUAGCUUACGUUCCACAGCAACCAUGGAUUCUACCGGGCACCAUUCGCGAUAAUAUUCUCUUUGAUAAACCAAUGCGUCAAGAGCGAUAUAAUCGAAUUCUCCGUGUUUGUGCUUUAAAUAAGGAUAUCGAAAAGUUGCCAUUCAAAGACGAUACUCGAAUUGGUGAACGUGGUAUUCAAUUAAGUGGAGGUCAGAAAGCUCGAAUUUGUUUGGCAAGGGCAUUAUAUAUGGAUGCAGAUAUCUAUCUCUUGGAUGAUCCUUUCAGCGCAGUCGACAUUCGAGUUGGAAGACAUAUUUAUCAGCAGUGCAUCAUUAAUUAUUUGCAAGAUCGGCUUCGAAUUCUUGUUACGCAUCAACUCCAAUUUUUAAGAAAGGCUCAUCAGAUUGUAAUCUUGAAAGAUGGUAGAAUUGCUGCAAUAGGCACUUAUUCCGAACUAGCUAAAAGUGGUAUUGAUUUUACCUCUUUAAUGACUGAAGAAAUUGAAAGUAAACAAGCACGAAUCUGUAAAAAAGUUCAACAAAGAGUUGAUCGAAAUUUAUCCUUGUGCAAAAAUAAAGUAAAUCGGCACCCAUCUAUGUAUGUUACCAUAUUUGACGCAGCUGAAAUCGGAGCUGAUGUAGAUGAAGAUAUUAUAGAAGACCGGCAAACUGGAGGAGUGGCGUUACAUGUCUAUAAAGCUUAUUUUACUGCAUCUUCUCCAUUAAUAUUACAUUUGUUUCUCAUCAUUUUAUGUGCAAUUAGUCAAGGAUGCGCAAUUACAGCUGAUUGGUGGCUUUCCCAGUGGUGUAAUAGUUUUGUAGUCGUAGCUAAUUCUUCCGUUGCUUCAGAUAAUUCAUCUGCAACAUCUUUCGUUAAUAACGCUUUCAAUAGUAGCGUAGAAUUGGAUCAAGUUCUGCUAUAUGGAUUAUCGAAUAGACUAGUUAUCAUUAUUUAUGGAGCUUUAGUCUUUAUUACAGUAUCUUUAUGCUUACUAAGAUCAACAACCAUCGCUAAAGUGGCAGUAAACGCGUCUAGAAAUCUUCACAGUCUCAUGUUUAAAUCAGUUAUGAAAGCACCGAUUCAUUUCCUUGCUUCAAAUCCAUCGGGUAUCAUUUUAAAUCGAUUUUCCAAAGAAAUUGGAAGAAUCGAUGAUUUAAUGCCAAUUACAUUAAGUUAUGUCGUGCAGUAUUCCAUGUUUAGCCUUGGAGCCGUAGUUGCAAGUAGUAUUGUUAAUCCUUGGGUACUUGUACUUAUCCUUCCUAUGGGUUUACUCUUCUUUUUUAUGCGAAAAUAUUAUCUGAAUUCAUCCAGAGCGCUAAAAAGGCUCGAGGCUACGGCCACUAGCCCAGUUUACUCUCAUAUUUCGACAACACUACAAGGAUUAGCUAUUAUUCGCAACUUUGGAAUGGAGAAAGAAUUUAUCGAUCAAUUCUUUCAUUUUCAAAAUGACCAUACCCAAGCUUGGUUUUUCUUUAUGAUAGCGACACGUUGGAUUGCUUUCCAUCUUGAUUUAAUUUGUAGUCUAUUCAUAGCUGGUGUUACUUUUGGAGCUAUCUGGGCGAAAGAUGCUAGCGAUGCAGGACUAGUGGGGCUAUCUUUGAGCUAUUCUAUCUCUCUACUUGGAAACUUCCAGUGGAGCAUACGCCAGAGUGCAGAAUUAGAAAAUCAGGCAUGUAAAGAAAGAAUGACUUCUGUUGAAAGGAUAGUCAGCUAUACGAAUCUUGCCGAAGAUGGGCGUUGGUAUACGGAUAACGAUCCAUUACCAAAUUGGCCAAAAAAUGGAAAAAUUCAGUUUGAUAAUGUGACAUAUGCCUAUGAUUCGUCUCUACCGCCAGUUUUGCAUGAUCUAUCUUGCACUAUUCAGCCUAGAGAGAAGAUUGGAGUAGUAGGUCGCACUGGAGCUGGUAAAUCGACGCUAUUAUGCGUAUUAUUUCGACUUUCUAAUUAUUAUGGUGACCUUGAAAUUGAUGGAGUAGAAAUUUCUAGAAUUGGUUUGCAAGCUUUAAGAAGUAAAUUAUCAAUCAUUCCUCAAGAACCUUUUCUUUUUACGGGGACUCUUCGAAGCAAUAUCGACCCAUUUUCUGUCCAUGAUGAUGACCUAAUAUGGGAAGCAAUUGAUAAUGCUCAGCUAAGAGAUGUGGUUGAAGAACUACCUGAAAAGCUUGGUUUUAAAAUCACCGAAGCUGGUGCUAAUUUUAGUAUCGGACAAAAACAGUUGAUUUGUUUAGCGCGAGCACUACUUAGGAAUAAUAAAAUUCUAUUAGUUGAUGAAGCGACUGCCAAUCUUGAUCCACAGACUGACGCAAUUAUUCAAAAAUCAAUUCGAAAACAUUUUAAAGAUUGUACAGUCAUUACUAUUGCUCAUCGUCUAAAUACCAUCAUUGAUAGUGAUCGAAUUCUGGUGUUAGACGCUGGUCAAUUGAUACAAUUUGAUAGCCCUCAUGAACUUUUAAGUAGAGAAGAUGGGCUCUUUCAUCAGAUGGCAAAACAGGCGGGCUCAUCCGAAUUAGCAAAGUUAAAAGAGAUUGCUAAAAAGAAAUACGAUGAAAAUAUGGCAACACUGGCUGUCAUGCGAUACCGUUCCAAUACGGAGUGUCGCUCAAAUGAUAGUACGACAGAGAUAAAGGACAUUGAAUACAUUCAAAUUGGAGAGAGAACUUAUAGCAUUUCAAUCACCUAUGCCGAUAGUGAUGAUAACGAUAAAAAUCUUGAUCCCUACGUUCCCAUACUACCUGAUGAAGUCAGUAUUUCACUCAAUUCUUUCGCAAUUGAAAGUGAUAAUGAGACUAAUCUUAAUAAGCAUAGCGAUUAUGAGAACAGACAAGUUGCCCCUAAUAAAAUCUCUCAAUCAAAUUCCCAAGUUGCCGCCAGUGAGAUUUCUCGAUCGAAUUCAGGAUCCAGUACAGGUUCCAGCGGUAAAUGGGUAUGA